UGUCCGGGCGCCCGCAGGUUUAUGGAGCCCUACAUCUUCGGGACCCGCCUGGGUCAGGACAUCAUCGACCUGGACCAGACGGCCGCCCACCUGCAGCUGGCCCUGAACGUGGUGGCGCACGUGGCCUUCCGCGGGGGCAUCAUCCUGCUGGUGGGCCGCCAGCGCCAGUUCUGCCACCUCAUCGAGAGCACGGCGCGGGCCUGCGGGGAGUACGCCCACACCCGCUACUUCAAGGGCGGGCUGCUGACCAACGCCCCGCUGCUGCUGGGCCCCGGCGUGCGCCUGCCCGACCUCAUCGUCUUCCUGCACACGCUCAACAACGUGUUCGAGCCCCACGUGGCCGUGCGGGACGCGGCCAAGAUGAACAUCCCCACGGUGGGCGUGGUGGACACCGACUGCAACCCCUGCCUCAUCACCUACCCGGUGCCCGGCAACGACGACUCGGGCCCCUCCGUGCAGCUCUUCUGCGGGCUCUUCCGCGCCGCCAUCACCCGCGCCAAGGAGAAGCGGAGGCAGCUGGAUGCCCUGUGCCGGCUGCAGGCCCCGGGGCCCCCGGCCCCCGGCCCCCCGCAGGCGCCCCCUGCCCAAUAAAAGCCACCGA